UUUCACAAUCGGUUAAAGAUGUUCUUCAAGAACUAGUGAACGAUAAUCUUGUCGCUCAAGAUAAAAUUGGUACAUCCAAUUAUUUUUGGUCGUUUCCUAGCAGUGCUCUUCAAUCGCGAACAGCUAAAAUCGAAGAGCUUCAAGAAGAAAUCACCAAAUUAAAAGAAAAAAAUGCUGAUUUACAAGCGAAUAUCGAAAAAGCUUUAGGAGGUCGUGAAGAUUCA